AUGCAGGACAUGUCGCUCCAGGGGACGGAGAUGGAGUCCAUGGACGAGGUCCUCUUUGCUCCGCCGACCACGUCGAGCGCGGCUAGUCUCACCAACACGACGUCCGCACCAUCGUUGUCUUCCUCCGCCGCCGCCGCCAACCAAGCCGAUACCGAGGCGGGAAGUCACACAAGCUCCCAGGCGGAAGGCCUCAACUGGUUCCUCCAAUCCCCGUCCUGGACCAUUGUGUUUCAACGAUCGCCUCCGAACUCCGUUCCGCCCGCCGCCGUCUUCACCAACUUCGUCCGCGGCUUACAGUCCUGGCUCGUCCGCUUCCUCCACCGGGGCCACAACCCCUUCAUCCACCGCCAGCUCUACUCCGAGACAACGCUGCCCCAGUGCAUGCAGGACGCCUACGCCGCCGUCGCCAUCGUCCAGACCGUCACCCCGGACAACGAGCACGUCGUCGACGCCGUGUCCAACAGCUUCGUCCUGAAUCUGCUGGCCGCCCACUCCACGGCCGACCCGUCGGCCUUUAUGCCCUUGCUCUCCACGAAGCAGCACCUCGCCCGCACCCAGGCCCUCCUGAUACACCUCUUGCUGUCUCUCUUCUCGCCCUCCAUCUCCCGCCGGGCCAAGGCCGAGAGCCUGAUAGACACAGCCCGUCUGUGGGCCCGCCAGCUCUGGGAGUCGGCCGCGUUGGACGCCACCUCGUCGCCCGUCUUCCCGAACGCGCUGUCCGUGUCGUGUGACACGGCGCUCGAGAACGACGACGUCGUCUCGAGCCUCUACCGGGCCUUCAUCCUCUCCGAGUCUAUCCACCGCACCUUCCUGCUCACGAGCAUCGUCACCGGUGUCUACACCAGCCUCAAGACGACGUGGACCCAUGGCUGCGCCGGGGACGUUUGCAUCACGAUGCGCGGGGAUCUCUGGGAGGCCCCGUCGGCCGCCCGGUGGGAGGCCAUCGCCAGGAAGGAUGAUCCGCUGUAUCUCUACAGUCUUAAGGGACAGACCUUUCUGUCGCGCGGCAUACGAGCCGCGGAGGUCGACGAGUACGCUCGGCUGCUCUUCACUGUGCUGUGGGGGCUGGAAAAGGUUGAGCACUGGGUUGUCAGCACCGGCGACGCUGUCUCUGUGAUAUACUGA